CCCGCAACUUUCAGCGGAAUGGCUUCUGCGGCGAUGUCCACGCCCUCAGCCUCGAAUUGGACGGAGCACAAGGCGCCGGACGGACGAACUUACUACUACAACACGGCCACCAAGCAGAGCUCAUGGGAGAAGCCCGAGGAGUUCAAGACCGAAAAGGAUCGCAUCCUCGCCGCUUGUCCUUGGAAAGAAUACACCUCCGAGAACGAUAAGGUCUACUUCCACAACACGAUCACCCAAGAAUCUGUUUGGACCAUCCCGCCCGAUUAUGCCGAGGUCAAACGGCGAGUGGCCGAAUUAGACGCGGUCACCACAACCGUUGGAACGGUGGGGGUCACCAAUGGAGCCGUUGCUGUGGUCAACACGCCCACUGAUGCCGCAGUUGCAGCUGCAGCUACCACGUCUAAAAGUGAAUCUGUAGCUGUUGUAGGAGGAGGGGUUGGGGGUGGUGGAGGAGCGCUUGAAGCGGCUAUGAUGGCCACCUUGGCCGCCUAUUCCGGCGCCGAAGCGGUGGGAGCCAUUCCGCCUCCGCCGUUGAGUGGUCUCACGCCUAAUCCGGCAGCUCCGUCCGAGUCCAAUGCCGGCGCGCUCCCGGGAUCCGGGUCAGGUCAACCUAUGAAAAAGGAGGUGGUUUUCAAGGACAAGAAGGAGGCCAUGGAGGCCUUCAAGUUGUUGUUGCGGGAGAAGAAUGUUCCGAGUAAUGCCAAUUGGGAAACGGCCUUGCGGCUCAUCUCUAAGGAUGACCGGUACGAGUACUUGUCCAAGCUGAACGAAAAGAAACAAGUGUUCAAUUCGUACAAGAUCCAGAAGCAGAAGGAGGAGCGUGAAGAACAACGCUUACGGCUUAAGAAAGCCAAGGAAGAUUUUGAGGAUUUCCUCAUGAAUAACGAUCGAAUCAGCUCUACCAUCAAGUACUUUAGACUCGAAACCAUGUUUGGGGAUUUAGCCAUUUGGAAGGGCGUGCCCGAGAAUGAGCGUCGCGAGAUCUAUUUAGAUUGUCAACAUAACUUGGCCAAGCGAGAGCGCGAAAACUCGCGCGCCCUCCGCAAACGGAACUCGAAACGUCUACUCGAAAUUAUGGACCGCAUGACGUCCAUUCGUUUCGACACCACUUGGGAGCAAGCGCAACAGUUGCUGCUAGACAAUCCGGCCUUUGCCGAUAACGAUGAGCUCCUGGCCAUGGAUAAAGAGGAUGCCUUAAGCGUAUUCGAGGAUCACAUUCGAGAAUUGGAGCGUGAAGAAGAACUCGAACGUGAGAAGGAACGGAAAAAACUAAAACGAUUCCAACGGAAGAAUCGCGACGGUUUCAUCGACCUCUUGAACGAACUACACGAGGCGGGUAAAUUGACGUCCAUGUCCAUGUGGGUCGAGCUGUACCCUUUGAUCUCUGGUGAUUUGCGGUUCUCAAAUAUGUUGGGCCAGCCCGGUUCCACUCCGCUCGAUCUGUUCAAAUUCUAUGUCGAAGACCUGAAGUCACGGUAUUAUCUGGAAAAGAAAACCAUCAAAGACAUCCUAAAAGAAAAAGGCUUUGAUAUUACGCCGGAAGUUACAUUUGAAAGCUUUGCCACAGUGGUAUGCGAGGACAAACGCAGUGCUUCCUUAGAUGCGGGUAAUGUGAAGUUGACCUAUAAUGCCCUGUUGGAAAAGGCUAUAAGUAAAAUCAAAGAGCGACAAAAAGAAGAUGCCAAGCGAAAUAAACGCUACGAAACGGACUUCCGAAACAUGCUGAAUAAAGAGAUCGAGGCCGUUAGUGGGGCGAAUACGUGGCCAGACGUUGAGGAUCUAUUUCAAGAUCAUCCAUCUGUUGAGGCUUUGCCUAAUCACGAUGAACGAUGCAGAGUAUUCUUGGAAUUCAAGAAAGAUCUCGAAGAGACUUGCAGUCACAGCCACAAGCGAAAGUCCAAGAAGAAGAAACACAAACGUGGGCGUAGUUCGUCUCCCGAGUAUACGGACUCGAAGAGUAAGAGUGGGCGGAGUUCGACCAAAAAGUAUGAUUCUGACUCAGCCGAAUCGUCGGAUCAUCGACCUCCUAAAAAGGCUAAAAAGAAACGCAGCCGUCGAGAGACGAGUGUGGAAUCGCAGAAAUCCGGAUCUCGAACGAAAGUGGAUCGCCGAUCAGAUAACGCCCCAAACGUGGCCAAUUCUCCGCCCCCGGCUGGAUCCGCCGAAGAGGGGGAACUUUCGGAAGACGAGCUCGAGCAAAAGCGUGAGGAGCUGCUACGGAAGCUUCAAGAUGACGAUUAGUCUAGCUUACACGAUCGAUUACCAGGCCUUUUGCUCUAUAACUAUUAAUCUAUCCCAUCCAAGUUGGUUUAUUAUCGGUAUCAAUAAACAAUAAUUUCUGUUCA